AUGGUUCAGUCUAUCACAGCUCCCAUGGAUGAGAUUCUCGAGAGGAUCAGAAUCAAAAUGGUUAAUGAUGCACUUGCACCAUUCAGUGAUCCUAUUAUAAAUGAAACAUUUCACAAAUCCAAACUCCAAAGACAAUAUGUCACAUCUCACAUUGUCCAAGGCAGAAAGUCAAAAAACAACUCUAAAAUCAUGAGAUCAGAUCAAAAUAAGAAAAAGAUGGAUAUUGAAAUGCCAACAGCAGAAAAUCUUCUCAAUACCUGUUGUGGACAACGCACUGUAACUCACUCUGGCAACAAAAUAGCAGGGGGUAUGGAUGCUGAGGAAGGAGAAUGGCCCUGGCAAGCUAGCCUUCAAGAGGGCAAGAUCCACCGAUGUGGAGCCACUCUGAUUAGUAACAGCUGGCUAGUCACUGCUGCUCACUGUUUUGUACGGACCAAUGAUCCAAAAAAAUGGACUGCUAGUUUUGGGCUUCUUUUAAGUGAUCCAGAAACACAGAGAAGUGUCAAGGAUAUUAUAAUUCAUGAAAACUACCACUACCCUGCACACGAUAAUGACAUUGCUGUUGUGCAUCUGUCUUCACCAGUAUUAUAUACAAGCAACAUACGAAGAGCAUGUCUUCCAGAAACUACUUCUAAAUUCCUACCCAAUUCAAAUGCAGUGAUCACUGGAUGGGGAACAUUAAAGUCUGAUGGAACAAGUCCUAAUAUACUCCAAAAAGGAUUAGUGAAGAUUAUAGAUAAUAAGACCUGCAACAAUAAUAUGGUUUAUGGUGGUGUCAUCACACCUGGAAUGUUGUGUGCCGGGUUCUUGGAGGGACGAGUAGAUGCCUGCCAGGGUGACUCUGGUGGACCUCUGGUUAGUGCAAAUUCUAAAGGUACCUGGUUCCUUGCAGGUAUUGUAAGCUGGGGAGAUGAAUGUGCUCUUCCAAACAAGCCUGGCGUCUACACACGAGUGACUUACUAUCGAGAUUGGAUCUUCUCUAAAACCGGUCUCUAG